AUAUGUGUGAAGAAUCGUCAACAUCCGGCGACACGUCCUCCUAACACAGCACCGAGCCGUGUGACACAUCUUUAUUUAUUUAAACCUCUCCAGUCUGUUCUUUUAAAGGCAAUGUUGUGCAUUUGACACUUUGAGUAGGUUGAGAGUCAGUCAGGGAGUUUAAAGUGUAAUUAAUCUGCAGCGCCUCAGACAAGAACAGUGCUGCAAAUGGGGGAGGUGAGGAAGCUGCAGAAGAAGUUGAGACAGAUUGAGAAUCUGGAAAUAAAAGUCAGUCUUACCCCAGAGGAGAGAUUCAAGAUCUCCACGAAGGCGGAGCUGCGUUCCAGAUUGGCUGAGCUUCAGCUGCAGCUUUCUGGCCCGCAGCAAACUCUGGGGAUUGUGGGAGACGGAAAAAAGGAGAAGAUGAAAAGACAAGUGGAGGAUGCUCCUGGGGCCCUUCCAUCACAAACGCCUCCAGCCUCCAAGAUCCUUAAGGGAGAAGAGGAGUCCAAAGCUCAAGCAACGCCAGCUCCGACUGCCAGGCAGAGGGAGACAGGAGGGGGAGCAGAGAUAGGCAGACAGCAGGAAAGGACAGAGCUGGCCAAGGUGUCAGAUCAUCUGCGAGACGUGUCAGGAGGAUGUCCAGAGUCUGACAAGGAGCAGCAACUACGACAGGAAGAAGCUGAAUUUACAUCCCUCAAAGCGUCUUGGGAGAAGGCAAAGUUUCGCUUGAGGCUGCUGGAGGGUCACAAUGACAUAGUCACCUGUGUGGUUGCUGUUGACAACCUGGUGGUUUCUGGAAGCCGAGACACAACGGUGAAGGUGUGGCACGUUCCCACAGCAACUGAGCACAAGAACCUGGGGGGUCACACUGGCGGGGUUACCUGUCUGUCUGCGCCCCCCCCUGAGUACUGCAAGAGGCUGGCCUGGUCCCUGUCUUUGUCCGACAAGGAGAGGUUUAUUUUGAGUGGCUCGGCAGACUGCUAUGUGAAGAUCUGGGCCCUGAGCAUUGGGCAGUGUGUUAAGUCUAUCUACACCUUCAAUGCUGUGACUGCUCUCUGCUUUGUGCCAGAGGAAGACGGCUACAUCGUCACCGGAUCAGACGGGGGGAAAGUUCAAGCCUGGAGCUGGCACACUUUCGAACACUGCCAGUCAAUCAAUGCUCACCAGGAAGCAGUCACCUCUAUCCAGUCUCAGGGUCCGCUGGUGUUCAGCGGCUCGGCCGAGGGAGGGGUGUCUGUGUGGGAGAACCAGUGUUCGGAUCGAGACCCCCUGAGGCUGCUGCACCACUGGAGCGGCCAGGUGACAGGCUGCAGAGGGGGGCCGGGUGGGCGUCUGACCCUAAGCCCGCGGGGAGACAGAGUGUUCCUGGCUUACGGUCAAGCCUGGCUCAAAAUCCUUCACUGGAGGACAGGAACGACAUCCAGGCUGACCAAUCACAGCAGCAUCACCGGGGUAACAGAUUGUGUCCACCAGACAGGAGGCCUCCUAAUUGGCUCCUGCUAUGAUCUGGCGAACGGAGCGAGCACUCUAAAUUUAUUCUCUCUGCCUCAGUGUCGGUACCUGGCCUCUCUGACCUGGCCUGAUGCCCCCAGAAUACUUUGCUUUGCGGCGUGGACCACGGGGAGUGGAGACCACCGGUGGGUCAGCGGAGGUCGUGAUCUCAUCGUUUGGGAGCAGCUCCCCAGCUCCGGGAAGCAGAGAGGUGACGUCACAGUGAAGAGAGACAGUCAGUUGGAUUCCUGCUUCCUGGAAUCAGAGGAGGACACAGAAGAUGAUGAGGAGACUGAUGAUUACAGGGAUGACGAUGACAGCGAUGAAGGAAGAGACACGCGGUCUGACGGCGCGGAGGACGGAGGGUCCGGCUCGUGGUUGCGCUGCGUCCUCCAGUGAGUGCUGGUUUCUCAGUCUUGAGGACACCACGGCCUGCAGCCAUGAAGAGGAAAUGAGAGGGGAGGGAGUGUAGUGACAGCGAAGGAGGGUGCAGGGGAGUGAAGUGUGACAGACUGAGUGUCAGCAUCGGGGAGGGAGCAUAUGGAUUGAGAAAGUGUGUGUGUGUGUUUGUGUGAGUGCGAGUGAUAGGCAGAUUGUUUUCUAUGUAAAUAUUAUUUCCACAUACAAUAAAGCUGUCACACUGUGACUCUCACCUUCAAA